CCUCAAAACAUUUCUUUGAGAAUCGGCGAAUAUGAUACCUAUCAUAAGCAAGCUAUAUUGUUCUUCUUCUCAGGUGGUAUUCGUAGUUAGGAAGAGGCCACAUGUGGUGAGCGGAGGCGGCUUUGUGGUGACGAAUUGUAGCCAAAACGUGGUUUUCCGGGUCGACGGCUGUGGGGUUCUUGGUAUUAAAGGGGAGCUGGUUCUUAGAGAUGGAGAUGGAGGAGCUCUUCUUCUAAUCCGCCGCAAGGCAGGGAUGGUCGAGGCCCUAAGUUUACACAAAAAAUGGAAGGGCUAUACCUUUGACUAUGAAGGAUCACAGAAGGUGGUUUUUACUCUAAAAGAGCCUCUAUCCCAUCCAUGUCCAUGUGUGCCAAGGAACAAUGCCAUCAAAAUCUCUACUGAGCCAAGUGGAAGCUGCUUUGAGGUUAAAGGAUAUUUUCCUGAUAGAGAUUGUACCAUUGUUGAUUCCACCAACAAUGUUAUUGCUCAGAUUGCUGUAAGGAAAGAAGUAGAAGAGUUGAUGAGCAGCAAGGAUCUGUACCAGGUUUUGGUGAAACCAGGAGUCGACCAAGCUUUUGUUUUCGGAAUCAUUGCUGUUCUGGACUAUAUCCACGGCGAAUCCACCAGGUGCUAGAAGAGGAAUUGUCCAUGGCAAUUCAUGCUUUCCAAACACAUAAAUGUACUUAUAUGUAAAGCUAAUGCUAACUAAUAUUCAAAUAAUUGCAACACGCCACAGAAAAGUCGUCUGCAAUCUACCUUGCAUGGAUAGUAGAAGAUGAUCUCCACGAUUAGUGGGGUUCUUGUGAGAUAAGGAGUUGAUCCCACUAAUCAUGGAAUCAGUUUUUGCAGUUUGUGCAAGAGUGAACUGUAAACACCAUUAUGAAUAUUCAACAUCUUUAC